CAUUGGAAAUUUGGAAUGGUUUUCAUGCGGGGGGAAAGUACAUAUAUUUUAGGGUCCUCAUUCCCUCUUGCCUUCUUCACGAUAUCACUUUCAGACUUUCACCAAGCAAAGAAACUCCAAAUAAUCCAUCUUCCAAGGACUUUCAUCUUAAUAGAACACCACCUUAAAUCACACAUUGGAUGAAAAGCACACCUUAAACCCAUCUCAUCCAAACCACGCCAACACCACCACCGACAACCAUGUCGGACCCCACCUUCAAAAUCGAGACCCCCCGCCUCCUCAUCUCCUACCUUCAACCCGACCUCGAUUCCCACUGCGACUUCCUCGUCGCCCUCUACAACACCCCCGAGUUCAUUGCCAACGAGGGAAAGACACCCGUCACCACCCGCGACGUCGCGCGCCGUCAACUCGAGGGCCGCUUCCGCGCCGAACACGCCCGCAAUGGCUACGGUACUUACCUCUUCUCUCUCCGCAACCCUGCGAACCCAGACGAUCUGGCCUCCGCCACGCCAAUCGGUACGGUGUCGCUGAUGCGCGGUGAUGAGCCCGGAUCUUAUACCGCGCCGGAUUUGGGUUUCGCGAUUUUGUCGGAGUACAUGAAGAAGGGAUACGCGAAAGAGGCGGCGCAGGGAUUGAUGGAGUAUGUCGAGAAGGCGCAGGGGGUGAAGGAUAUCCUGGGACUUCAUGGCCCGGCGAAUAAGGCCAGUGGUGCGGUAUUCAGAAGCUUGGGUUUCAUUAACGUGGGAUUGAGGCAACUGUUAGUGUUUGGACCGAAUGUGGUUGGGCAGGUGUGGAUUAAGAAGGGGAUGAGUGAGGAUGUCAGUGUUUAUGGGUUGCCAAAGGAGGCGCCGGCUGCCGCGACGGUGCCGGAGAAGAUUCCGGAGAAGAUUGCGGAGGAGGCCGUGAAGGAGUCCGUGAGUGCUGUUGCGGUUUAAGAUUGGCUUGCUGGUUCAGAAGGGUACUAAUUUGAACUCUUUCUCCUACGUAUUCCUUUUCUCCGUUGACCCCUCUCGUGUCUUUAUAAGUUGCUCCUUCUUGCAAUCUUUGUCGAUUCUCUUUCCCAGCUUAUGUUCCUUCUUUACAAGUAAAUGUGGUACUCAACUACCUACUUGACCUAUGAGCGCAAAAGACUCACAACAUCGCAC